CCACCAACUAUCCAACAUGGCGUCGUCCAUGGAAGUUCAACCUUCCUCAUCAAAAGAUGUAUCCGAUACUGUUUUGGCAAGUUCUGGUUCCAGUGGAAGCGUAUCUGUGGCUCUUCAUCCUCUCGUCAUCAUGAAUAUUUCUGAACAUUAUACUAGGAUAAAAGCACAGUAUGGAAAACCGAACCCUCAAGGUAGGUUUCAGUUACGAUUAAGCUUAUAUUUGCGACACUCUGUAUAGGUAUUUCCGACGUAGCUUGUUCUCACUUGAUUUCGCGAGUAUUUGAUUUUGCAAUAUUUUAGGGAAGGGUAGAAUUAAAGUGUAGUAAAUUUCGCGAUUUUUCUAUUCUUUUAGAUGUAAAGGUAACUUGACCUCAGAACAGUAACAACGUAACAGAAUUAAUAAUUUUGUCGUAAACAACAGCAAACAAAGACAAUUACCAACAAAAGUUUGACGACUGCACCAGCGAGAUUUUGAAGAAUCUAGCAGCAGAGAACAGUUCGGAAAGCGAGGGUGAUGCGGUGGAAGGCUAAUGGCCAAAAUCAAACAAAAAACUCCUGAACUUGAAACUGAAACAUGUUGGCAUAACUAAUACAGCAGCGGCUUGGAUUUCGUUAUUUAUGGAUGCAUAUAUCCGAUAUUAAAUUUCACGAUUUUAAUCUUCUGAGUAUCAGAUUUCGCGAGUAUUAUAUUUUGAGGUUUUUCCUAAAACUAUUGUGAAAAUGACAAAAUGUAAUAUUUGGAAAAGUAAUUGAGAAAUAGGGAAACUGAAGUCACGACGAUCACUAUUAAUGAAAUGACCAUCUUGAAGAUUAUAGGGAGGAUUGCACUCCCAUUCCAAUCACGUUUGACAAAGUAAUAGCCAUGGGAUGAUUGCAAAGAAAUCUGCCAAUAACUGUGCUGCACGUACAGUUUUUCUCUUGCUUAUUAAACCUGUUCCUUUUCUAUUUUGUCAUUUCCUUUGUUGUCAUUGUGGUUUCUCGAGCUCGCUAAGCAAUUCUUAGUAUGCAACGACUCUGCUGAAAAACCGAUCAUUUGAUGGAAAAUGGGCAACAAAAUUAUGCCCGAGUACCCAUAGAGAGGCUCAUACAUGUAUGUGGACAGAUGUAAACUCAACGUCUAAUUUAAACAUUAUUGCUGUUAAAAGUGGGUGAAAGUAGGUGAAAGUUAAAAGCUCUUAGAACAUGCUGGACAUUGAAUUUCCAAUAUAUGUUUUUUAAAAUAUUGCUCAUUAUUAUCAUUUAACAAUAAUUGGUUUAUGAGUCAGCAUGCGUUUGUUGAGAUAUGAAGCACUAGCAAAAUUUGUAGAGCACAAAAGAGGCGUAAGAGUUGCUCCAGGCUUAGAUGAGAACAACUCUACCCUCAUUGAGAGAACGACUACAAAAGACACUUGAGAAAACAUUAAAAAGUGUUUUACAAUCCAUAUUGAGUCGGAAAACUAUAGAUUCACUGAAAAAUUCUUCUUGAACAAAAAAACUUUGCAAAGAUUGAUUUGCACACACCAUAGCUCGCCCAGAUGACAACAACAACACUCACCCGCUCCCCUGUGAUCUGCUAACAAAUUCAAAGGCAUUUCUUUUUAGAUUACAUAAUUUAUAAAACACAAUCAUGGUAAAUGCUUCAUCGUGUUCUAUUGAGUUAUGGGUGCACUUGGGGGGAUUGCUAAACCCACAAAAACAUGAGGUUUUAGUUGGUUGAUGUCAUCAGCGUGCUGGAUGGGAAUAUGAAGCACAUUUGCACUAUUAAAUUUGAUUAGGCAAGUCUUCUAGCUAUGGUAUGAUUAUUAUGUAUAAUUGUUUGAAAUUGCUGUAAUUGUUUAUCUCUUUUUGGGUUUAGUGAUUGGAGCUCUUCUUGGAACUCAGGAUGGACGAAACAUAGAAAUUUUCAAUUCCUUUGAGCUGCAAUUUGAUCUGUUUGAUGAUGGUCAAAUUGUGAUUAACAUGGAGUAUUACAAGACUAAAGAAGAACAGUGUAAGUUUGUCAUACUUUAUUAUAGGAAAUUUAUGCUCAAUGAAUUAAUUAAGGUAUUGGAAAUUAAUCAACUCAAAGGGCUUUUGUUACUUAUAAGGGAUCGCUGCUCCAUAGAGCAAAACAAGUAGGUCUGCAAGAAAAAUGACAAAUUUAAUACAACAAAAUAUUAUGUCACAUGUUUGACAACAGAGACCAAAAAAGUGCAAAUAUUGGUCAUUUCUGGAUGCAUCUUUUAGCCACAAAUGAUGAAUAUCGUAGUUAGGACAUUUCUUAGUAAUUUUUUUGGAUGUUAACUAGUUUACUGUAGAUUCAAGCAAGAAUACUACAGAAAAUAAUCAAAAGAAGUUAUGUUUUUUUCCUUUUUCUUCACUUUACAUUUGGCUUAAUAUAGAUUCGUCAUGUUGCCAUGUAAUCUCAUCAGUCUUCUCAAUAUGCAUUCAGUUACAUGUACAUGUGGUUUUUUUCCUCUAUAAAGUGACAGUCCCCUUAAGUUACGAAAGCCACUCAAGUUGAUGUUACACAAGACGAUUAGCAAUGACGGUUUUUAGCUUAAGAAAGCAUUGCAACAUUGUUGUGACAUUAAUUUUGUUCGAAUAGCUACUAUAGUCACAGCCUUUACGCGCUAAAGUUUUUAACACACAAACUUUAUUCUAGAACUUCUACAACUGGUGCAGGGAAACAAGUGAACCAAUGUGAAGUAUAACGAAGUAUAGCGAAGUAUAGCGAAGUAUAGCGGUACUGAAAAAUAACAAUUAAACAAAUACAAAGUCAAGAUAAAACAACCUACAAACUGAACGAAAGCAAUAAGGCAAUCUAGAAAUGCGAAUGAAACAAUCAGCUAAACGAAGAACUGACGCGAAAAAUUACAAUAAAAGCUAAAUAUACGAUAUGCAGAAAAAUCCUAACACGAAGGACAAAGCUACGCGAACAAUGAAAAACUAAUUAACCAAACAACAGCACUAAAGGUGCGAACACGAAAAUAACUAAGAACGCGGCGAACAUAAAAAUACUAUAAAGGUAACGGAAAACAUUCCUGGCGCUUACAGCUACAAUAUUUUUCCAACAUUGCAACGCUGUGUUGCACUAAAAAUCAUCAUUGCAAAUCAUCCCAUGUAAAAUCGCCUUUAAAGGGGCUUUGUCAUGGCUGACUGUUUGAUUUUGUUAAUAACAACUUCUAUGCUUCGGUUUUUGCUAUGAAACCUGAGAAAUUUCUUUUGGAUGACAAAAUUACAGUUUCAUCUCUUACAAACAUGUCUCCCAAACAUUAUAUCAAACAUUAAAAACAACAAUCUGUUUUAAUCUUCUUCAAGUUUGUCUAUCUGUGCCUCGUUUUGAAUUCAUACAUUUUAAACAGUUAUUUUAUAUGAACGUUCAAUUUGGUAGCUGAGCUCCCACUAUUUGAAUAAUUAUGGUAAAUUUUUUGACACAACUCUUAACAUUUUAAUGCAAAUUUAGUGGAAAAUGACUGGUGCUCUCUUUCCUAUUAUUCUACCCUCAAUAACUAAUCGGACAGGAUCACCAUGUCAUAGGGUAUGACUAAGCCAGACUCUCUGUCUUCUGUUGAUAACAGAUAUGGUGGCCCUCUCCUCAUCAACAAAGAGAGGGUAAUGUUUCAAAACGAGGGAAAUUAACAGAAUGUUCGUAAAGACACAAGACUUGUUGAGAUAACAGGAACAAAGUUUAUAAUCCAAAAUGGAAACUUUGUUUGUGGUACUUUCCCUAAACGUGUGAAGAGAGUCAAGCAAAGAAAUCUAGCCACUUGUCAAGUGAAUUUAGGGCAAAAUCUCCUUUGGCCUAUUUUGUUGACAUGGAUUUGUAUUCUUCCCUCUUUUGCUCUGAAAAUAUUGCAUAUUUUUUAGCAAGAGCUCUUAAUUGGUUUAAAUUUUUAAAUAAGUAUGGAAAGGUUUUAUUUUGAUUGAAAUUAAAGGGACAACAAAGUUCCCCAAGCUAUCCAUGCUAGGUAACUCAAAAUAAUUAUUGCCUACCGAUGGAUUCAUUUGUUUUUCUCUCCACCAAGGCAUAAAGAAAGCUGUAGUUGCAGUUAAGAAAAAUAUAUUUAUCUUUCAAAUUAAUUCUUUUUUUCCAAGUAAUUCAAUUUUUUUUUCUUGUUGUCAUGUUCCCACAAUAAGUGAACCUCUGCCAUUUUAAGAAAAUGAACCACUCACAAACCACAACUCUUUGGUUUGCCAACAAAAGGCCAUAUAUUUUUUAGUUAUUUUGUGAAUUCAGUUAUAAGAUGCAUGACAAACUUUUAAACAAGAUUUUGUCAAGGUAAAAAAUCUGAAAAAUAAGCUUGUACCUGGUUGUUAGGUGCAACUGCAAUUUUUGGUGAUGUUCUAUAAACUACAAUAACAUGCCUCCCAAUGUUCCUAAUAAUGGAACCCAAAACACGUUUUUUAAUCUAUUUACCUUAUCAACUUAGCUGAUAAAUCCAAAUUUUCUUAUAAAAUAACUAAGAUGGUAUGCACGCUCUGAUUGGCUGAGAGAAGUGUUUGAAUGAGGGUAUGUAAACAUAAUUGUGGCGUCAAGUUGUUUUGCUUUACCCGCGCUAAUCACGCAAGCACGAAUUUGAAAAAGUUUCCAUGUUCAAAACUCGACAAGUUUACUUUAUUCACCCAUUCCUUCGUCAGCUGAAACUUGGAAAAUCGUUGCGAAGAAAGUGUGUCAAUCUUUUUUCGCUUUAGCUGACAUUUUAAGCGAGAAAAGUCUGUAUUUUGGAAAGCAUCUUUUUGCAAAACAAGAACUGAUUACGCGUGCAAGACUUCGUGGACAAGACUUUGCGACUGGUAAGAAUUUCUAUUUUAAUCAGUGCCAUACAAAGAGUUUUGCGUUUUUUCUUGGGAAAUUUAUUUUAUAAAAGCAAUAGAAAACUUUUUUCCUGUUUGCAUAGCCUGAUAUAAACACUCAAGGCGUUGGGAGAAUUCUCGACAGUUAUGCAAACCCUCGACUUCGUCUCGAAUUCUCCCAACCCCUCUCGUGUUUAUAUUAGGCUAUGCAAACACGGAAAACGUUUUCUAUUGCUUAAAUAUUUUAUCCCUUUAAAUAACUAACCUCUUGAUUGAGAGAUCGAAUUGUCACUGCAUUGUUAUUGCUGGUGAUGUCACAAGCGGCACAAGGGAUGUUGAUCCACACAGGCAAUUGUAGGCAGUUGAAGUGCGAAUAGGUUUAAAUUAAUUUUUUUAAAUUAUUAUUUUAAUUUAUAGUUCAUCAGGUGUUUAAGAAUCUGGAUUUCCUUGGUUGGUAUACGACAGGGUCUGAACCCACUGAAAAUGACAUCAAAGUACACAAACAGGUUUGUUUUGUAUAACCUCUGUCACAGACAUAAUGUAAUCUAAUGCUGGCAUAUACUAUCUGCUUAGCAGUGGUAAGUUCUUUGUUCUGGGCCCCCAAAGGUCUCAUUGAAUUACUAAAAGUGUAUUCCGAAUUUCCUUCAACUUGAUUGGCCAAUCAAAUAAUGCCUUUUUUAGCGGGCCAACCAUGCCGUGUGUGUACUCGUCAAAUCCUGGUACUCAGCUGGUGGCCAAGAACAGGGAUUUCUGUGCUCACCCACCGACAAACUUAACCAAAAGUUUGGUUUCGUCUGUGUUGCAGUCUAGUUUUGUGAAGAUGAUUGACUGUUGAUCUUUUGAAGUUGUUAUGUUUCUACUUUCUCAAACUUUGUGAAAAUUAAUUUUUCUUCAGAUGUGUGAGAUAAAUGAAAGUCCAUUGUUUCUGAAACUUAAUCCACUUGCAAAGACAAAUGAUGUAAGUUAGUAUCAAUUUUAUUGUUUUUGUUGUUUAACAUAUGCUAUGCUGUACACAUCAAUUUUUGCUUUUAAUUUUUGCUUUUUUAUUUGAUGUUAUUUUAGUUACAAUUAUUACAUGUUGGAGUGAGUGAUAUUGUUUGAUGAUUUUGUUUUAAUUUGGUUGCCACCUUAAACUGUGAUUUUUUUUUAUUAUUUCAAAGUGGAACAAUAUUUCCUGUUGUUUGACAUGUUGAGCAUGAGUAGACAUCUUUUUAACUUGCUUGUAAUUUCAACAAUUUUGUUUCAGUUACCCAUCAGUUUGUUUGAAUCUGUGAUAGACAUUGUUGAUGGAGCAGUAAGUAGUUAUUAGGGACUUUAAGAUCCAACAACGUGGCGGCAAUGAGAUUGUUGCUUAAAAAGUGAAUUUGCGUUCUUUCAGUCUUUAUCGCAAUUAUUCCUACCCACUUACUUUGUCAAAUGUAGGUGAACCCUCCUGGAGUUGAAUUCCUAGGGACCAUAUUCAAGUACAGAAAAAGAAAUAAAAUUUCAUUGUUGCUUGUUUACGUCCUCAUAAAACACCAAAUUAGGCAUUUUUACGUCGUAGUCGUGCAAAAACGGGCAAAGAAAUGUACCAAAAAGUGUGUUACACAUGCAAAGUUGUUGUUUUGCUUAUAAAACCUAUUGUUUUUUUUGUGUGUUCUUGCUGCCGUCUGCGUUGUUGGAUCUUAAAGUCCCUACUAUUUAACAAAUCAACCACAAAUUUCCAAGGUCUACACUUUUAUAGACUAUAAAAUGACAUCAUAAAAUGGUCAAAACUCAAGUGGAACCACGAGCUGCAGGCAAGUGGUUUCAAUGCAAAGUUUUGACCAUUUUGUGGCAUCAUUUCUAUGGUCUAUAUUAAAGAGUGUAGAUCAUGGAAAAUUGUGGUCGAUUUGUUUUUUACAAUGACAUUUAUUAUUUUACAAGAAACCAAAAACAAAAACAACCGGCACUGCGGGACAUGUUAUGUCGUGUCCAUGGGCUAUACUGUCAUAGACCAUAGCUCUCAACCAAUCAGCACGCGAGGAUUCGCUCAGUUAUUGUAAAAUAUUAUAUAACACUAAGCUUAAUUUUCGGUAUGAGCAUCAAUCAGUGCAAACAUAAGGGCCUUGUGUCAAAUGCAAACAAAUGCUAUUUAAGAGUUAUUUUCAGAAGUGAUAAGCUAUUUCUUUUAAGUGUACAUGUACAGCAUACCAUUUUAAUGUAGUUUCUUUAUUAAAUCUUCAGGCACGUAUGUUGUUUGUGCAAACUCACUACACGUUAGCUACAGAAGAAGCUGAAAGAAUUGGAGUAGAUCAUGUGGCAAGGUUAUCCAAUACAGGGACAGUUGAUACUUCAACAGGUUUUAUAUAAUUUUAUUAUCAUUUAAUUUGUAGUGGUGUAUCAAAACAGUUCUCUGUGACUUUUCUUAUUUUGAUUAAAUUUCAACCCGUUCACCUUAGAGCCUGUAGUAUCUCUGAGGUUAGAGCAUCUAAAUUACACAGUGUACAUGUAAGUUGUAGUGUGAUGGGUUUGAUUCCCACAUGGAGCUCAGAAUUUUCUCUGAGCUUUCUGGUGUUAGAUUUUGCUUUCUUCCACAAAAUAUGUACGAUUGUGGGACCACAUUCUCACUGUAUUUCCAUGGACCAUCAUAGGGAUAACACAAAAUAAUCAGGGUCUUCUGGAACCAUGCCCUUCUUCAGUUCACUGCGUACAUUGUUAAAAUGCUGUAAGCGGGCUCCUUUUGUAAGCGGACGUGGAUAUUCUUCAGGGAAUGUAGAACUAAACCAACUGGCCUUAAGUGGGCAGUAAAGAGAGUCAAGGCUAUGUUUUAUCCACUGCAAAAAAGUCCUUAAAUAAAAAAUAAGUUCUAGCAAGUAAAUGUCACAGACUUUUGAGUACAGCAUAGGGCUGCAAAUAGUAAUAUUAUGGGUGACUAGAGCUGGUCAAUACAGCCACAGUGAUAACACUACAGACAUAAACUAAGCCUUCAUUUUUCUGUCCGACAUUGUUCAUAUCUUUUUACAGUUUCAGAGCAUCUUCUUGCCCAGUACAAUGCCAUCAAGAUGCUUCAUUCAAGAGUUAAGAUGAUUUUAGAAUAUGCCAAAGCUGUAAAAAAUGGUGAGCAAACAUGUAAAAUCUUAGGGGGAGGGGGUAUUCAACAGAAUUUUAUAUGGGAAGGCUCUGCCUGAGGUUUAACCACUUGCCCUAGUAUAUACCAUUUUUUGACAGAAAACAUACCCCUUUUGUAUACCUUUCAUUGACAAAAUACCCCUGUCACAUACUAGUUUAGAAUGCUGCCUCUCUUUCAUCACCAUCAUUAUCAUCAGGGUUUGUAUUCACUCUUGACAGAGGAACUCCUCCCUGGAUUGAUCCCACACGUGUCUGUGCUUGGCUACACUUGACCAUACCGGUCCAAACUGGAUUCAUGACCCUGUUUUCUGGUCCAAAUUCUUGGGGUCCACUCUGUUGCUCUGAUGGUCCAACAGUUAUCAGAUAGCCGUGCGAUGUGAAUGCCCAUCUAUGCUUUGCUUUCCUGAUAGUGUUGAUGAUAUUGCUUAUGCCAGUUUCUUGUUGAAUGCAUCUCUUUAAUCAGCUGUAAAAGCACUGUUUUUAAAACAUGAAUUAAUUACUUAACCAUGAAGUUUUCUUGUCUUUUCCACAGCCAUAAAAUAUGUCUGCUAGCUCUUUGAGGUCCUUUCACAGACUGCAAUUACAGAUUUCCCUACCCUUUCAUAUACUUCAACUAGUGAAACCCCUGCCCUUUCACAUACCUGAAGCCUGAAAAAGAUACCCCUUUUGGGCGCAGCUUUCCUGUAUAGGCCAUUAUAGGUAGCACCCACCUCCCAGGGUGUAAAAUAAUCAUGAGGGUCCUGACACUUAUGCAAUACAUAGUGCAUGAUUUUCUUUGUCUGUGACUAUAUAAAUUUGAGAAAAUUACAGCAGCAUUGAUGAGUUUUUAUUUUUCAUUAUAAUUAUUAAUCCAGGAGAAGUUCCUUGUAACCAUGAGAUAAUGAGGGAUACACUGAGUUUAAUCCAGAGGCUUCCAGUCAUGCAGACAGAUGUAUUUAGAGAAGACUUUUACAAUGUAAGUGUCACCUGAUUUUUACUCCACGCAUAGCCUGCAAACAGAGGCUCUAUUUGGCGAGCAGCACACCAAAAAUGGAGGGAGCUUGCUCGCAGGCUAAUUCAAGCUGUCAUGGAGACUAGACUCCAGAUUCUCCUUUGUAAUCUCAUCAGAGGUGUUUCCAUGAUGCUGUCAUUAUCAUUGUUGUGUAUGCAAUUAGUUUCUUUUGGUUCUAUCAAAGGCCUAGUCUCCUUCGCAACCGCUCGGACCGCAGUCACGCAAUGCCCCCCGCCCAAACCCUGCCCCCACAGAGACUAUCACAGGUGUCCCAAGCUCACGUUUAAGUGUGGAAUGUAAAUUUACUUUCUCGCAACAGAGUCAGGGGCCUUUAGAAAGUAAAAAUUAGUUGUAUUUCUGAACACAGCAGCUGUAGUGCGUCGUGUGCUGACCUUGAAGCUGUCCCUCUAAACGAUCCCAAGAGGCUUUGUGGUCACAUAUCAAACCCAGUUUUUUACUCGUCUAGAACAUGCUGCCUGAAAUCAGUGAAACUAAAAUAAAGUGGUCUCAUGUCUCUUUUCCAGCAAUGUAAUGAUGUCAUGUUGAUGUGCUAUUUGUCCACAAUAACAAAAGGUGCCAACAGCUUGAAUGAGGUAUGUUUAUUUUAUUUGCAUCCACUUACUAUAAUAAAAAAAACAAAUCUUAAAGUUGUAAUUUCAUUCUCCAUGUUCUUAGUUUCACAGUAAAGGCGUUGUUGAAUGACGCACCUCAACCGGAAGUGUGGCCUUUUCCCUCUUAAUAGUGAACUUACGCAACAGGACGGAAAGAAGAUGGCAAACCUUGUGUGACAAGCGUGACAAUAAUUUUGUUUGAAAAAACUUUCUGCCAAACUUCAUCUACCUUUAAACAGCUAUUUUUGUAGAAGACCAGAAAGCGUUAAUGUCAAUUGAAGAUCAUGACAAAACACCCAAGUGAUAGCCCUGUCACGUUUGUCACACACAGACGUUUUGCUGUCCUCUUCAUUCUGCCGUUCUGUUGCGUAAACUCACUAAAUAUGCCUGGAAGCUACCAAAUUUGUAUUGCCAAGUGUAUUUACUUCUAUAGAGACAAUCAGGCUUAAAAUUUGGCGAAACUCACUGCCUAAAAAUGCAAAAGUUUACUUCUGGUUGAUGUGCGUCGCUUAGAAUCGUCUUAGCCUAAGGUCCUUUAUGAUAACGUGGCCUUAAGGGCAGAUUUAUUUGCAACAUACGCGAAAAAGCGUCACAUUUGCCUGCUGGAAUUCAUUUCUAUGGCUUUUAAGCUAAAAAAAUUUUAUAGCAAAAUGAAACUACUAUAUGUGUAAAUAUUUCAAAUGAAUGUGCCCUUUAUUCCGAUGUAUGUGUUAACUAACAAUAGUGACAUAGCGCAACAGGAGGGCAGAAAGAAAAGGACAGCAAAAUGUUUGUGUGACAAAAGUGACACGGUCAUUACUUGCUGUUUUUCAAAAAGAUCUGUUUAAAAGAAGGUGAAGUUUGGUGGAAAUUUUUUCAAACUUUUUUGUUGUCAUGCUUGUCACGCAAGCAGACCUGCCAAGCCCCCAAGAGUGAAAAAACUGGAGGUGGGCUCAAAAAAACCUUGAGAUUGAGCAAAAAAACUGCAGAUUUUGCAAAAACGUCACCUAACUUCAUUAGACAAUCUAUACGUAGGUGAAGGUUAACUAUUAGCACUGGAGGAUUAUAUUUCACUCUGUAUUUUGCUGAUCCAUCGUACUUCUUAGUCUUACCAGCACUCCGCUGUCGUUUCGGUUUGGAUUCAUCUGAACUUUCAGCUGAAUUGGAGUCCUCGUCAAUAUGUAACACUGUUUCUGAUUCACGCUGAAAUACCGCCAUUGCUUGUGAAAUUCUCUUACGUAGGAAAGCAUUCCAAGGCACAGCCAGCUAGACUUGGUUACCUUGAGAACGACCCAAUGGAAGCCAAAACGGAAAAUGUUCUGUGUGCUACAGAUUUUGUUGUAUGAAACAAACCUUUAAAAGCUUAAUUUCACAAUUAAUAUCAGCGAGGGUUUUCUCAGCAAAACCGGGAGAUUUUAUGUAUUCAUCGGGAGACCGUGAGAAAUGACAAAAAACCGGGAGUCUCCUGGCAAAACGGAGAGGGUUGGCAGGUCUGCGCAAGGUUAGCCGUUUCUUUCUCCUGGCAUCCUAUUGCGACAGUUCUCUGUUUUGUUUUCUUAUGUGUAAUCGGUUUUGUCAAACUGUUUCUAAGGCGACAAACAGAAACAGAGAAAUGGAAAAGGAAACGGGAACUUGAAAGCAGAGAAUGAAUAAUGGGAUGGUGAUAGGGUUAGGGUUAUUUUUCUCCUCCGUGUUCCUUAUCCCUAAGAGUGAUCAGCAUCAAAUUUCUCUUCUCUUCACACUAACUGUAAAGAAGUAGAAGAGGCUGCUUGUAGUUUUGAACUCUUAAGUUAGAGCUACAUAUCUUACGUCCACCAGUGCCUUUGGGUUCAGUUGAUGUUGAUAGUCUUCUUUGUGAUAUUCAGUGCAUCGUUAAGUUAUUAUCAAUCUUAAUGAGCUUAAAAAUUCUUUUUUUCAGUUCAUCAACAAGUUUAAUGUGGUCUAUGACCGAGGAAUGGGCCGAAGAAUGAGAGGAACCUUGUUUUAG